AUGACCACAUCUAAAACAGAAGCAGAUAAUAUUCAAAAAUUAUGUUCAGAAGUUCCAGCUACAAUAAAGUUUCAAAAAAAUGAUGGAAUAUAUCAAUCAAAAUCCAAUGAAACUAUACGUAAUGGUUGUUUUCAACAAUACAUUUCAGUAGAAAUUUCAAAAAAUAAAGGUUAUAACGUAAAAUUAAUUUCUGAAAAUGGUGUUAAAGUUAUUAAAGAUAUAAAAGAUACCAUUUUUAAAGAAACAAAUGCUAUGGAAUAUUUUGAUAUAGAUGGUGUUACAGACUAUUCUACAACAAUAAAAUAUAAUGUUUAUCUUUUUAAUAAUAAGUUAAUCUCAGCAGAUAAAUAUAAGCAUUUAUAUGAUUGUUUACCAAAAAUACGUAAACAAUAUAUAAAUAUUGAAAACAUGUUAUCAGGUUUAGAAUUUCUACAUAAUAAUGGAUUUAUACAUGAAUGUUUAAAUUUAUAUUCAUAUUAUGUUAGUGUUAAUGAAUCAUCAAAUAAUUUAGUUGAAAAAUUUAUAAUUGCUGAUAUAGAUUUAUGUAAAAGAUGGAAUAAGAAUAAAUAUUUUGAUAAACUUGAAAAAAAAAAUAGUAAUCUUAAAAAUAUUUAUGAAAAAAGAUUACAAAGAAAUAUUAAGAAUAUAGGAUUUUGUUCAUUAAAACAACAUACUGGAAGUAAAGUAGGUAUAAAAGAUAAUAUUGAAAGUUGGUACUAUAUUUGUAUAUAUAUGUUUGAAAAUUUAAAAAAAAUAAAAGAGAAUUUAAAUAAUGAAGAUUUAGUAUUUCUUGAGAAACAAAAUAUGAGAAAACCUUCAUAUCCUGGAUAUGAUAAUGUAAGCACAAGAUUUACAGAAAUAUUAUAUGUUCUUGAUAAAAUGAAUGACGAUAAUAUAGAUUAUAACCUUAUUAAAAAAAAGAUUAUUAGUGCUUCAAAACAUCCUGUUACAGAUAAAAAAAAUUUAGAAGAUGAUGUUCUUUCAGAACCAUCUGAUUAUCUAAACUUGGCAAAAGAUUCAAGACUUAGAAGAGUUGCUUAUAAUUUUGAAGAUAUAGAAAAAUUAAACAAAGAACUUAAUCAUUUAAAGAUAGCUACAUUAUCCACAUAUGAUACAAAAGUUAAGUUUGGUGAAGAAAGAAGUUGUUCUGAAAGAAUGAAAACUGAAGAUUCUCCAAUAGUUAAAUCAUUAUCAAUUACUUUGGAUAAAGUUAACAAAAAUAAAGGAAAAAAAACCAUUUCAACUGUUAGCUGUUCAAAAAAUGUGACUGCUAAAUUAAUAGAUGAUACUAGUAAGAAUAAAACAAAAAAUAAUACUGUAGAUAUUAACAAAAAAAAGGAAGCAAAAAGUAGUGAACCUCCUGCCAAAAAGAAAAGACCUAGUGAAAAAAAUAUUUUAACAAGUGUUAAGAAAACAUUUAAAAAGUUUUUUAAGAAAUAA